CGUCGUCGGGGCUCUGCGGCUACCCGGCUCCAGGCGUACGUACCACUAUGGGGUCUUCAAAGAAGCACCGCGGAGAGAAAGAGGCGGCCGGGAGCACGGCGGCGGCCGGCACUGGGGGGACCACCGAGCAGCCGCCGCGGCAUCGGGAGCACAAGAAACACAAGCACCGGAGUGGCGGUGGCGGCAGCAGCGGCGGUGAACGACGGAAGCGGAGCCGGGAACGUGGGGGCGAGCGCGGGAGCGGGCGGCGCGGGGCCGAAGCCGAAGCCCGCAGCAGCGCGCACGGGCGGGAGCGCAGCCAGGCCGAGCCCUCCGAGCGGCGCGUGAAGCGGGAGAAGCGCGAUGAUGGCUACGAGGCCGCUGCCAGCUCCAAAACUAGCUCAGGAGAUGCCUCAUCGCUUAGCAUUGAGGAGACCAAUAAACUCCGGGCGAAGUUGGGGCUGAAACCCUUGGAGGUCAAUGCCGUCAAGAAAGAGGCGGGCACCAAGGAGGAGCCCGUGGCGGCUGAUGUCAUCAACCCCAUGGCCAUACGACAGCGAGAAGAGCUCCGGGAGAAGCUAGCAGCUGCCAAGGAAAAGCGCCUACUGAAUCAAAAGUUGGGGAAGAUAAAGACACUGGGGGAAGAUGACCCCUGGCUGGAUGAUACUGCAGCCUGGAUCGAGAGGAGUCGACAGCUGCAGAAGGAGAAGGAUUUGGCAGAGAAGAGGGCGAAACUGCUGGAGGAGAUGGACCAAGAGUUUGGUGUCAGCACUCUGGUGGAGGAGGAGUUUGGGCAGAGGCGACAGGACCUGUACAGUGCUCGGGACCUGCAGGGCCUCACUGUGGAACAUGCCAUUGAUUCCUUCCGAGAAGGGGAGACUGUGAUCCUUACCCUCAAGGACAAAGGUGUGCUGCAGGAAGAGGAGGAUGUGCUGGUGAACGUGAACCUGGUCGAUAAGGAGCGGGCAGAGAAGAACGUAGAGCUGCGUAAGAAGAAGCCUGACUACCUGCCCUACGCCGAGGACGAGAGUGUGGAUGACCUGGCACAGCAAAAACCUCGCUCUAUCCUGGCCAAGUAUGACGAGGAGCUGGAAGGUGAGCGGCCACACUCCUUUCGUCUGGAGCAAGGCGGCACCGCCGAUGGUGUGCGGGAGCGGGAGCUGGAAGAGAUCAGGGCCAAGCUGCGGCUGCAGGCUCAGUCCCUGAGCUCUGUGGGGCCCCGCGUGGCCUCAGAGUACCUGACACCUGAGGAGAUGGUGACCUUUAAAAAGACCAAGCGGAGGGUGAAGAAAAUCCGCAAGAAGGAGAAGGAAGUGAUAGUGCGGGCGGACGACUUGCUGCCUCUUGGAGACCAGACUCAAGACGGGGACUUUGGUUCCAGACUACGGGGCCGGGGUCGGCGCCGAGUGCCUGAAGUGGAGGAGGCGGCAGCCCCAGAGGAUGAGGAGAAGGAGCCUGUGCCCCAGCCCCCGCCGUCAGAUGACACCCGUGUGGAGAACAUGGACAUCAGUGACGAUGAGGAUGGAGGAGCUCUGCCGUCAGGGUCUCCAGAGGUGCUGGAAGAGGACGAGGCGGAGCUGGAGCUGCAGAAGCAGCUGGAGAAGGGGCGUCGGCUGCGGCAGCUACAGCAGCUGCGGGACAGCGGGGAGAAGGUGGUGGAGAUUGUGAAGAAGUUGGAGUCUCGCCAGCGAGGCUGGGAGGAGGAGGAGGAUCCUGAGCGAAAGGGGGCCAUCGUGUUCAACGCCACCUCCGAGUUCUGCCGCACCCUAGGGGAAAUCCCCACCUAUGGUCUGGCUGGCAACCGGGAGGAGCAGGAGGAACUCAUGGACUUUGAACGGGACGAGGAGCGCUCUGCCAAUGGAGGCUCGGAAUCGGAUGGGGAGGAGAACAUCGGCUGGAGCACCGUCAACCUGGAUGAGGAGAAGCAGCAGCAGGACUUCUCUGCCUCCUCCACCACCAUCCUGGAUGAGGAACCCAUCGUGAACAGAGGGCUGGCUGCUGCCCUGCUGCUCUGCCAGAACAAAGGGCUGCUGGAGACCACAGUGCAGAAGGUAGCCCGGGUGAAGGCCCCCAACAAGUCCCUUCCCUCAGCUGUGUAUUGCAUCGAGGACAAGAUGGCCAUCGAUGACAAGUACAGCCGGCGGGAGGAGUACCGAGGCUUCACCCAGGACUUCAAGGAGAAGGACGGCUACAAGCCUGAUGUUAAGAUCGAGUAUGUGGAUGAGACGGGCCGGAAACUCACACCCAAGGAGGCUUUCCGGCAGCUGUCCCACCGCUUCCAUGGGAAAGGCUCAGGCAAGAUGAAGACAGAACGACGGAUGAAGAAGCUGGAUGAGGAGGCGCUCCUGAAGAAGAUGAGCUCCAGUGACACGCCCCUGGGCACCGUGGCUUUGCUCCAGGAGAAGCAGAAGGCCCAGAAGACCCCAUACAUUGUGCUCAGUGGCAGCGGCAAGAGCAUGAACGCGAACACCAUCACCAAGUGAAGCUGGCCUCCCCCAAAGCCCCUCCCCAACUUUAAUGUUAAAUAAAGUUCCCUCCUUAUUUUUUCCUCCCUGGUCGUGGUGCAGAGUCCAGGGUUAUGCCCAGGAGGAGGGGUAGGUGGUACUCUCAGGCAGCCUGGGCCUCUUGUUCCCCAUCAGCUGUGUAACUCAGGCAAGUGGCUGAACCUCUCUGAGCCUCAGUUCUGCCUUUUGUAAGUCAAAAUAGCUCUGCUUCAUAGGAUUUCAUGUGCAGAUUCAGUGAGUUCAUUCAUUCACUCAUUCCCUUGGAAUUUGGGCAUGAACAAGAUAGGACAGAUCCCUGAACACGUGAGACUCAGAGUCUUCUCUCUCUGCGAGUUGACACCCAGUCAUCAGAUGGCACAACUAACUGAACAGAGAUAACAGAGAACAACUAGUCUGGAUCCUUGAAGAUGAUCCUUUACCUGCUUUGGCCCCAGCCAGCUAGGGAAACCAGUGUGUACCCUGUCCUCUCCACCUGUUGGUGGCACAGGUCCUGCUGUGGAGAUGCCCUCAUGCCUUCUUGGUGGACACUUCCUGAUAUGACAUGGAAGGUGUUUUAGAGUCUUGGUUCCCCUGGCAUCUCCAGGGCUGCUUGAGCCAUUGCCCUGUAAUCUCCCCAGUUAGACAGUUUGCAGGGUGGCCCAGGCCUGCCCAGCCCAGUGGGAUAGGGAUUGAGUUCUGUACAUGGUGGAGGGGCCACCACCUGUGUCCGCCCUCCUUGGCUGCCUCAGUCUGUGAAGGUGAGGGCCAUCCCAGCUGCACCUUGUCCAGGGCCAGGUCAGCUGAGCCAAGGCACUUGAAGACUUGUACGGCACAGCUGCACCAGGAGAGGUAGGGCUUCUGCUGGGAAUGAGCUCUUGGGGCAGCAUGAGCCAUCAACAAGAUACUUGAGAGCCCAGCAUAUGUGGACAGUGACCUAGCUGCUACCUCAGGCAUCAAAGAAAGUGGGUGACCUGCUCCCUAUCCCCCAGAUACAUUCCAGAUGGGUCACAGAUUUUAAAAUAAAAGAAUGAAACCAAAAAAUAAAUUGAAGGAAAUGGUGAACUUGGAGUGGGAGAAUGUAAGGGACAAAACCCAGUUGCCUUAAAAUAAACUAUUAGUGUUGGA